AUGCCUAACAAAGAAGAAAGUACCGGCUCUUCUAACGAGACGAAAGAGGGCAGUGAUAUUUUCUACAUGGAAACCAAAGCUGAUUCUGAAACCAUCAAGGAAACGCUUAAUCCAAAGCGGGAAAAUGGUUUCACUAACGACAGUCCAAACAAAGCUGAUCGACCAGGAAAUCAGCAGCCUGCAGAGCAACAAGGAUCGGGGGAAAACAAGCGACAACGACCAACAUUCAACGGCGCUCUGCCGGCUCUAGGCAUUUCACCUCCCAAUUUCGUGUCGUUUGAAGAGAUCAUGAAGACGGCCAACGACAUGAGCCGAAUUUCACUGGUAAAUGAGAUUGUUUUCAACAAGGACUUUAAGAUUGAAAAGAAAGAAGACGAAAGUCCCCUGGAGAAGGCAGUUCGCGAAAACAUGCACAAAGCAUUCUGGGACAUUCUCUCCAAACAGCUGAACGAAUCUCCUCCGAAUUACAAGCAGGCCAUUUCGCUGUUGGGCGAAAUUAAGGACACUUUGCUGCUCUUUCUCAUGCCGCAACAUGUUCAGCUGAAGAAUGAAAUCAAUGAAAUACUGGAUCUUGAGUUGAUCAACCAGCAAGCUGAAAAUGGCAUCUUUGAGUCACAAAGAUAUGCGCAAUAUGUUCUCUCACUCUCAUCUGUGGAGUACGAACGUGAAAAGUUCAAGACACUGUUGGAAACCUCGCAGAAAUACCAAAUCGAUGUUCUCGAGUACACCAGCCAGUGGCUGAAACGCAAUUACGAAGCACUUGAUCUAUCACAGGAGACCAACCUGAAGAAUCUGUUCAACAAAAUACUGACUGCAUCCUACAUUGAGCUACUUAAAUGCAUUUCACCAUCUUUAAGCUGCUACUGUGUGAAUGAAGAAAGUGAAAAGAAGCCUGAUGACGACUACCCAGAGACAUUGCUGCUCAUUCGCAAUCGAAUUGAUGCCAUUCGUGAGAAUGUCUUCAAAAUGACACUGAUCAGUAGCGUCUUUGUGGUCACCUUUGCCGCCAUUGGCGAACCGUUGCAGUCAAUUAAAGAGUUUCGAAUGGAGCUGAAGCGCCAGCUGGACGCUAUCAUCAGCCCCAAUGAGGAAAAGUCCGUUCGGCUGCAGUACAGUAAACCGGAAGGACUGAAGUCAAUCCUGACUAAUGUCGCUCUCCAGGUGAUCAAGUCAAUUGAAGAGGCACUGACGCAGUACCAAGUUGGCGAGACCCGGGCUCCUCUGCUGGACGAGAAGAAACUUGAGUCGCUAAAGUAUCAGAUCAACGAACUCGCCACGCCAAACAGUCGCAUUCGCUCGGUUAUGGAGCGUCGCAUUUUGGAGUUCAUCGAGCGCGUCAUCUCCUCCUCCACUGCUGAGCCGGUGCAAGUUCCCAGCGGACUGAGCAGCUUUGCCUCUGAGCUCACCCAAGUGUCGGGCGAGUUUUCCCGUCUGGUGGCGUACAAUCGGGCAGUCUAUUCGCCAAACUACACCAAAAUAAUCCGCGACAUUGCCUCAGAGAAGCACUUCAUCACCGACAACGACGUCAAGGAAAUUGAGAAAACCUUCUACGACUAG